AUGCCGCCCCCAGACGACACCAACAACCCUCAGCCUCCUCAAAACAACUCACCAACCCCAUCUUCAUCGCCCACAUCCUCCCAAAACUCCGCCCUCAAAGGCGCCUCCCUCCUCAUCAUCCUCCAAGUCGCCUCCCGCCUCAUCACCUUCAUCGCCAACCAGCUCCUCCUGCGCUUCCUCACCGCGCCCCUCCUCGGCCUCUCCACACAGCUCGAAGUCUACUACCUCUCCAUCCUCUUCUUCGCCCGUGAGAGCCUGCGCGUUGCCAUCCAGCGCCAGGGCAUUGCCGGAGCAGCAGCAACAGGCACCAAGAAUGAUGCUGACGAUGGCUCUUCCGCUGCUGCUGUCGAAGGCCAGGCGGUGGUGAACCUGGGAUAUCUCGCCGUGGGACUGGGUGCCUUUGUCAGCAUUGCCCUGGGAUGGAUGUAUCUCGCUUCAGCUCCCGCCGCCACACUCGAGACUCCCUGGCUUGUCGAGUCCCUCUGGCUCUACGGCGCUGCCGCCAUGGUCGAGCUGCUGUCCGAGCCCUGCUUCGUCCUGAUGCAGACGCGUCUGCAGUUCGGCACUCGCGCGGCCGCCGAGUCCAUCGCCACGUUUCUUCGCUGCAUCGUCGUCUUUGGGUCUGCCGUCUGGGCCUCUCAGAAGGGCGUGGAUAUCGGCGUCCUCCCCUUUGCGCUCGGCCAGCUGUCAUACGGCAUCUCCCUUCUCCUGGUCUACUUCGCCUCCGCAUACCGUCUGGCGCUCACUACCGGAUUCUCGCUUCUGCCCAAACGGCUCGCCUCCAGCAAGGAAGUCGUCUUCGUGCUGUCGCACUUUUACAAGCCGACGGUGAGUCUUGCCGGAAGCAUGAUGGCCCAAAGCGUGGUCAAGCAUCUGCUCACCCAAGGCGAUACAUUCCUUAUUUCGCUCUUCUCUACGCCCCAAGUUCAGGGCGUGUAUGCUUUGGCGAACAACUACGGAAGCCUACUUGCCCGCCUUCUCUUCCAGCCCGUCGAGGAAAGCAGUCGCAGCUACUUUUCUCGUCUGUUCAUAGGACCGAUUGCAGCCCCGCCACUUCUGUCCAUCGUGGCAGGCAGGCGCUGGACCAGCUCAGGAGCCGGCCAAGUCCUGGGCACCUAUUGUUUCUAUAUUCCCUUCAUGGGACUUAACGGGAUCACUGAAGCCUUUGUUGCUUCUGUGGCCACAGAGGCUCAAGUUCACCGUCAAUCGUUCUGGAUGAGCAUCUUUUCAGCGGUCUUUGCUGCGUCUUCCUUCCUCUUCAUGAGCGUUCUCCAGCUCGGUGCUCAUGGCCUCGUCUACGCCAACACCAUCAACAUGCUAUGUCGAAUCAUCUGGAGUGGUGCUUUCAUUGUCAGAUACUUCAAGUCACUCGGCCUCGACUUUGAACCGGCAUCGCUAUUUCCCACAACCACAGUCGCCGUCUCACUAUCCACACUAGGACUCUUACGGUGGUUGAACAUUGAAGCUGAUGGCCCAGAUCGACCAUUCGCAACGCUCAUCAAGAUUGUUGGCUCUGCCAUUCCAUUGCUGAUGAUCAUGUAUGUAAAUGCAGAUCUACAUGCCGCGCCCUUUUUGGUAUCUCCUCGGGACAUACAGCCGACUAACAUGGUGCUGCAGUGUAUUUCUAGAGCGCAGGUUCCUGCUCGAAUGCUUCCAGUCUAUCCGAGGCCGCAAAGCAAGCAAACGCGAGUGAUAACAAGAGUAAGAAGAAAAACAGAACUUAACAGAACACUAAAAGAAACCCAUUUUCCCGUACACACGUACCGAACAGCCACCCAUGCCCUGAAAUUAGUCGAAAGUAAUCUUUGUUGACUUCUGGUUGGGGUCAACGUCCUUGAAGAAGCCGCCGUACAUGUCGUGCGUCUUCUUCUU